UCCCUCCUCCUCCAGCCAGCCAGCCAGCCAGCCAGACGCAGCGCCCCGCCGCACGGAGCCGGAGGAGAGCACCGAGGAGCGCGCGAGGCGCGGCCUCCCGCUGUCUCCCCCCCCCACCGCGCGGCGCCUCCUCCAGGCCCCAGCACACCGUGCCAACCCCGUGGCCGCCGCUGCCCUGCCGGGACCGAGAUUUUAUCCUGAUGGCUGACUCUAAACCACUCUUCUCCCUUGAUGGGGACCCCAUGGCUGCAGAAGCCUUGCUCCGGGAUGUGUUUGGGAUUGUUGUGGAUGAGGUCAUUCGGAAAGGGACCAGUGCCUCUGAGAAGGUCUGCGAGUGGAAGGAGCCUGAGGAGCUGAAGCAGCUGCUGGACCUGGAGCUGCGCAGCCAGGGCGAGGCGUCGGAGCAGAUCCUGGCGCGGUGCCGGGAGGUGAUCCGCUAUAGUGUGAAGACCUGUCACCCGCACUUCUUCAACCAGCUCUUCUCAGGGUUGGAUCCCCAUGCUCUGGCGGGGCGCAUCGUCACUGAGAGCCUCAACACCAGCCAGUACACUUAUGAAAUCGCCCCCGUGUUUGUGCUCAUGGAAGAAGAGGUGUUGAAGAAACUCCGGGCCCUUGUGGGCUGGAGCUCUGGGGAUGGGGUCUUCUGCCCUGGUGGCUCCAUCUCCAACAUGUAUGCUGUGAACCUGGCCCGCUAUCAGCGCUACCCGGAUUGCAAGCAGAGGGGCCUCCGGGCGCUGCCGCCCCUGGCACUCUUCACAUCAAAGGAGUGUCAUUACUCCAUCAAGAAGGGAGCUGCUUUUCUGGGACUUGGCACCAACAGUGUCCGAGUAGUCAAGACAGAUGAGAGAGGGAAAAUGGUUCCUGAGGAUCUGGAGAGGCAGAUCAGUCUGGCCGAGGCUGAGGGUGCUGUGCCGUUCCUGGUUAGCGCCACCUCUGGCACUACCGUGCUGGGGGCCUUUGACCCCCUGGAGGCAAUUGCUGACGUGUGCCAGCGUCACGGGCUGUGGCUCCAUGUGGAUGCUGCCUGGGGUGGGAGCGUCCUGUUGUCACAGACACAUAGACAUCUACUGGAUGGGAUCCAGAGGGCCGCCUCGGUGGCCUGGAAUCCUCACAAGCUUCUGACAGCAGGCCUGCAGUGCUCAGCUCUUCUUCUCCGGGAUACCUCGAACCUGCUUAGGCGCUGCCACGGGUCCCAGGCCAGCUACCUCUUCCAGCAAGACAAGUUCUAUGACGUGGCUCUGGACACGGGAGAUAAGGUGGUGCAAUGUGGCCGCCGCGUGGACUGUCUGAAGCUGUGGCUCAUGUGGAAGGCACAGGGCGGGCAAGGGCUGGAGCGGCGCGUCGACCAGGCCUUUGCCCUUGCCUGGUACCUGGUGGAGGAAUUGAAGAAGCGAGAAGGAUUUGAGUUGGUCAUGGAGCCGGAGUUUGUCAAUGUGUGUUUCUGGUUCGUGCCCCCCAGCCUGCGGGGGAAGCAGGAGAGCCCGGACUACAGUGAAAGGCUGGCUAAGGUGGCCCCAGUACUCAAGGAGCGCAUGGUGAAGGAGGGCUCCAUGAUGAUAGGCUACCAGCCCCAUGGGACCCGGGGCAACUUUUUCCGCAUGGUUGUGGCCAACCCAGCGCUGACCCAGGCUGAUAUGGACUUCCUUCUCAACGAGCUGGAAAGGCUUGGCCAGGACCUCUGAGCCUCCUCUUCCUCCUCCUUGCUGCUGGCCCUGACACCCCCCACCCCCACUGUCUCUGUGCAUUCCCUUCCUGUGUUUUCAAGAACAGAGUGACCUUAACAACCUUUCUAUGCCUUCAUCCACUAACUCUCUAAUUAAUUAUUUGCUAUUAGGAGAAUAUUUAAAUAAACUACAGUAUAUCCAGAUGA